GACUCCUGCGUGUCUUUGAUACGUCCUGACAUGAGCGGAAGUGUCUGGGAUCUGCUGAAUCCAUCCUUCAAACCAGUCGUUUGUUACGGGAGACUGGGCGAGCACCGUCCGCAUUUCUUCCCACACCAUCGCCAGCUCCGCCACCGUCAGCUCGGCUCCAUUCAGCGUCGCUGUGCACCAUUUAAUGUAGCUUCAUAUCAGCACUGGACAUGCGCUAUCAGGUCUGCGCAAUCGACGUGAACGGCUGCCUGGACACAGGAGAGGAUUAAGUUACUGCUGCUGGAGGCGGAUUAUUUUAUUGGCCUCCUGUCACGCCCGAGUCUUUGGUGAUCCUUUUUUUUCAAUUAGGAGAGGUCGAAAGCCAGACAUGUCUUUCCGGCGAGGUGUGGUCAGGCAGAGCAAGUUCCGCCACGUUUUCGCCCAGGCGUGGAAAGCAGAGCACUGCAUCGACGACGUCCGAGUGUCACGCGUGACGUGGGACACGCCCCUCUGUGCCGUCAACCCCAAAUUCAUCGCUGUUAUCAUCGAAGCCGGUGGAGGAGGGGCCUUCCUCGUUGUUCCGAUCAGCAAGAGCGGCAGAAUCGAUCAGUCCUGUCCCACAGUGUGCGGCCAUGCAGCACCGGUGCUGGACAUCCAGUGGUCUCCGCAUGACGACAACAUCAUCGCAAGUGCCUCCGAGGACUGCACAGUGAAGGUGUGGCAGAUCCCAGACGGAGGCCUGACGAGCCCGAUGACUGAGGCCAUUGUGACCCUCGAAGGACACAGUAAAAGAGUGGGAAUCCUGGCUUGGCACCCGACUGCCUUCAAUAUCCUCUUGACUGCAGGCUGCGAUAACGUGAUUUGUGUGUGGAACGUUGGCACGGGGGAGCUUGUGUACCAGCUGAGCGACGCCCAUCCAGACGUGAUCUACAGCGUCAGCUGGAACAAGGACGGCAGCGCUGUCUGUACUGUCUGCAAGGACAAGGCUCUGCGUGUCAUUGACCCACGAAGGGGAACCAUCCUCAAGAUGAAAGAGAAGGUCCACGACGGCACCAGGCCGAUGAGAGCUGUGUUCCUCUCAGAUGGGAAGAUCCUGACCACAGGCUUCAGCCGUAUGAGUGAGAGACAGCUGGCAUUAUGGGAUACGAAGGAUCUCUCUGAGCCGAUGGCAGUGCAGGAGAUGGAUACAAGUAAUGGGGUUCUUUUACCUUUUUAUGACCCUGACACGAACAUGGUCUACCUGUGUGGAAAGGGGGACUGCACCAUCCGGUAUUUUGAAGUGACAGACGAAUCCCCGUAUGUUCACUUCCUCAGCUUAUACAGCAGCAAGGAGCCUCAGAGAGGAGCGGGCUUUCUUAGUAAAAGAGGUGUCGAUGUCAACAAGUGUGAAAUCGCCAGAUUCUACAAACUGCAUGAAAGGAAAGUGGAGCCCAUCUCUAUGACUGUACCACGAAAGUCUGAUCUGUUUCAGGGAGACCUUUACCCUGACACAGCUGGCUUGGAGCCGGCUCUCCUGGCUGAUGAGUGGAUCGCUGGACAGGAUGCACCGCCCCUUUUGGUCUCUCUGAGUGGUGGCUACUCAGCUCCUCCAUCCAAGCACAGAGACACCCUCAGAAGCAAACCCAAGCUCGUCUCGCAAGACUCUGGGACUGGGGCCGCCUCGCCUUCAGCAGGCAACACAGCAGCUCCCACAUCUACAUCUACAUCUAGCUGUUCCACCAGGGAGACAGAGGAAGAGGUGCCUCAGCCACGGGCAGCCACGAAGGAGACAGAUGGAAAUGCUGAGAGGCCGAAGAGAGAGGAGGAUCUGUUGAACGAGUUGUUAGCAGAAAUGAAGGCAUUACGUGCGGUCGUCCUUGCUCAGAGCCAGAGAAUCGAGUUGCUCGAGAGGCAGCUGGCUCGGAUUGAGGAUGGGGAUGUAUGAGCGAGGCAGAGGAACCACUACAUUCAGAGGGCAUUCCUACUAAAUCCAUAGACCAUAGCCUUACUAGAAUCAACAGUACCUUAAGCUGUGUGAGUGGAAGAAUGUAGUGUAGUGUAGCGGCCAACUGUGAGUCACAGUUGCUUACAACCAGGUCAACUGUUGUGAUGGAAACGAGGCCACAAUUUUUUUUUUUUUCUGUGAUUGUUUUCUGAGAACGGGGUGUCAUCUGCAUAGAGUGAUUUCUGAUGGUGAGAUUUUGUUUUUCAUAUGAAGGAGUAUUGUAGCAGCUGUUUAGUGGUGGUGCAUAUAGUUCAGCUUUGAGCUUUGCAAAAUCCUGACGCUAAUUUCGAAGGGCUUUGAAGGCGUUACAUUGGCACCAUUGCCUCAAGUUAAUGCACAAAGUAGUGGUAAAAAGCAUUAUAUUUAAGCUAAUGAAGGUUGACGCACUAUAACAAAGCGAUUAAGUACCUCCGAUAUAAUUUUCUUUCUCCAAAGCACUCACAAAGUAACCAUUAGGGCUAUUUAAUCAGGUAGUUAAAGCUGCUAAACUGUGAUGUCAUAUCAAACCCCCAGUUGUUAACUCAUUGUGUGACUUGUGCUUUAUUUUAACAUUUCAUUAUGUAUAAGGUAAACGGUAGGAGAAACUUCUGGUUCACAAAUUAUGACCUUUGACAGUAAGAAUUAUGUAAUAGCUGAUGGGAGCGUAGUUGAAUAUUUAUAUGUAUCGUAAUUCUGUGUAGUCUUUGCAGUCGAUGAAAAGGUGACACUUGUGAUUUUGUACCUCGUGUUAUGAGGAGAGAGCUGCAGCCGUGUGAGGUUUCCUGUCAUAUUACAUGGCAAGACAUUUGUCCACAUUAAGAUAUAAACACACAGAAAUGCUUGCCUCUUUCCUUAUUUUGACAUGUGUGGAAAGGCUGCAGUAUUUUGUGCCCCCGAAAAAAACGGGUUCUCUGGUUUAGUCGUCGCUUCUUUUCAGAGCUGUUAGCUAAAAUCAGAGUUGCCUGGUGGAUACAGGGCCUAAGUUGUGCUGUACAGAGUACAUGCAUAUAUAAACCGACACUAUUUACAGUGCAGUCUCACUGAAGCACACUUUAUUUAUUCAGAUUAGCAGUUUAGGAAAUUGUUUGCAGCGACGAGAAAGGUGAGAAAGGUUUGCAUUUUCUGCAGUUUUGCUAUUACAUUUAUAUUGGUGUUAAAGGAAUGCUUCGCCCAUAAAAUGACCUUUUCUGUGUCAAUAACUCAAAAGUGUUGCUUUUCUUGCAUGCCAACAUGGUGAACAAAAAAACCCCAAAUAAGAAAAAAUCCUUUAAGUCCAAUUACCCUUGCAGUAUCAACCAAGUCUCAUUUAUAAGAUAAGAUGAGAUGCAAAGAAAAAUUGGAAGAGUGCAGAUAGACAAAGUGCAACAUACAGGAAGACAGCAUAACAGUAGAUGCAAAAUAUGAAAAUUAGGUAAGAGUGCAAAUGAGUUGUAAUCCAUUAUAUGCAAAACUAAAACCCGGUUAACAGUGUGAAUGAUAAUUAUCUAGUCAUAUGCUCAGAACUUCCCAAACAUUAAUUUUCAAUAGAAACGUACCAUUUAAAACACUUCCACACACAAGACGCACGCUUUGGCAAAUGCAUGUGUGUGAACUAAUUUACAGACGUAAUUCACAUGAAAGGCGCCUUACAUCAUUUUAGCAAAAAAUGUGUUCGGAAAGUACUGAGCAUACAGCUGGAUACAUGAGACAUGGAUUAUAUUUAACAAGAAAAAACAUAGGUUUUGAUACAGUUAUGCUGUAGUUAAAUGCAGCCCCUUUGUAACGCAAGUCAUUAAGAAUUUUCUCAGUUUUUGGAUUCUUAAUUCACUGUGGAAGUGAAAAAAAGUUUUUUUCGUGAAUUUCACAUAACACAGUGUGAGUAUUUUGUGGGCGAUGUAUUCCUUUAAAAGGUGGAAAGAUCUUGUUUUUAUUUUAGUUUUGUGGGUUUUUUCAUUACAUUACAUUUAGAGGCAUUUUUCUGUUACCUCUCCAUGAGUAAAUGAUCGUGUAAUAAUGGUACAUUCCACAAGCUUAUCCCUUUAUUACUUUAUUGAUUUAUAUUCCUUUUAUGCACUGACUUCUUAACACUUACUGUAAAACCAGUAGCAGGUUUAAAUGAGACUCCAUGUGAAACUCAAUAAACAUUCAUUCCUCCUUUGUAUUAA